GGUGUGGACGCCGGAUGACUACAGCGGUAAUGGCGGAGCAGCUGCGGUAAACAGCGGCCUGAGAGAAGUUGUGUCGGCGGCUCGGAGUCGGUGCGGCGCUGAGCGGCUGUGAUGCGGAGUCACGAUGGGAAACCUGUUUGGAAAAAAGAAGCAGAGCCGCGUGACAGAACAAGACAAAGCUAUUCUGCAACUGAAGCAGCAGAGAGAUAAACUGCGACAGUAUCAGAAGAGGAUCAGCCUGCAGCUGGAGAAGGAGCGCCUGCUGGCCAAACAGCUGCUGAAAAAUGGGAAAAAAGAGAAGGCGCUCCUGCUGCUGAAGAAGAAACGAUACCAGGAUCAACUGCUGGACAAGACCGAGAACCAGAUCGGGAACCUGGAGCGCAUGGUCCAGGACCUGGAGUUCGCUCAGAUCGAGGCGAAGGUCAUUCAGGGGCUGAAAGUCGGAAACGAGUGUCUGAAGAAGAUGCACGAGGUGAUGUCCAUCGAGGAGGUCGAGCGGAUCAUGGAUGAAACUCAAGACGCCAUCGAGUACCAAAGGCAAAUCGACGAGAUGCUGGCCGGCUCGCUGUCACAGGAGGACGAGGACGCCGUCCUGGCUGAGCUGGAGGCCAUCACUCAGGGAGAAGUUGAGCUUCCUGAUGUUCCUGCAGACGAGCUUCCAGACGUCCCAGAGGUCUCCGAGAAGAAAGCAGAGCGCGAGCGUCCCCGGAAGAAUCCGGAGCGAGAGAUGCUCGCAGCGUAGGACCGUGACCUCCAUCAGCCGACCUGCCGGACCUCCUCCUCAUCCACCCGCAACACUCAAACGCCCGCUGGAGACCCAUCCGUCCCGCAGCGGCCGGCGGUGAAGAGACGGCGGCCCACGUCAGGUCCGCGGCGUCUUCCUCCACGCCGUCGCCCGCCGUCCGUCCCCGAGGACGGCAGCGGGGACGGGGACGGUGGAGAGACGCUGACGGGAGCCGCGAAGAGCUGUGAGAUCAGAUAACUGUGCCUAACCACCGAAUCAUUUUCUACUCGCCGUAACUUUAAUGCAUGUUUGUCUCAAUCAUAAUUAAAUUCUGCUCCAAACGAGCGCAGCUACGUCUUAAAGGGACAGUUCACCCAAAAUCAUCCCUCAUAGUUUCUAUCUGACUGUGUUCUGUGUUUUUCUCCUUUCAUUUAAAAAUUAAAAAACAACAUUUAAUAAAAA